AUGUUAGAAACGUUAAAUACGCUCGGUGGUGCUAACGGUAUCGGUCGUGAUGAUAUUGUGGAAAAUCGUUUUGUGGGUAUGAAAUCACGCGGUUGUUAUGAAACGCCGGGCGGAACCAUUAUGCUCAAGGGACAUCGUGCGAUGGAAUCGUUGACCUUAGACCGUGAAGUGAUGCAUUUGAAAGAUGAGCUGAUGCCACGGUUACAACACGUGAAUGGUACGGUGCGUUUGAAGUUGUACAAAGGUAAUGUGAUGGUUGUGGGACGUAAGUCAGAAACCGAUAGUUUGUUUGAUGAAAGCAUUGCGACGUUUGAAGACGAUAAAG